AUGCCUCCGACCUCCUUUGACUUCUCAUGCUCACCCGAAUCGCUCCGAAAUCGUAGAGCGAUAGUGUAUCCGGAUGGGUUCCGCGGGGAAGAACAUCGUUCUCUACUCUCAUAUAUAGAUGAGUGUGAGGAAGUAGCUUCUGCGAGGCGCCUCGCUUCGGGUGACGUCGUGGAGGAAUCCGUGCUAUCGCUAAGGUUAAUAGGGGAGGUCGAGAAUGGUGCACGUUAUCAUGAGAAAGUUCCCCAUCAUUUAGGCACUCCGAGUGUGCCGCCUCUAUCGGCAUGGCGUCUGAAUGGAUAUCCACGAUCUCUACAAGGUGUAUACUAUAAUCAAUCGGAGGGUAGGAUGGAACCUGAGGAAAUUGGAGACGAAACGCACCAUCAAGCUCUAGUCCAUGGAGUCAGCCUCCGCGAUGUUACACCAGGACUUUCUCCGAGUCCCGAUCCCUCUAGCGCUGACGAAAAGACAGAGGACGACGAGAGUCCUCGGGCGGCAGUCGACGAUAGUUCAGAAGAGAGCGGAGAUUCUGGAGAUGAAGAUGGUUGCGACGACGUCUGCGGGCAGGGGGUGGGGUCUAAUAAUGAACAUGAUGGUGACGACGACGAGGAGGGCGAGGAUUCCGAUGAUGAUUCACACGACAGGAGCUAUGUGCCGAGCAAUGCGCGUGGAUCGAGAAACCGGACUGUGCCGCCUGUGCGGUAUGCCCUUCGCCGAGAGUCACGAGUCGUCGGCAGCGCAAAUGAUGCACCCGAGGUGGGAGAGGAGGUCAGGGACAAUCGAAUAGUCGAAGGCCAGAAGACAGUCAACACCAGAAAUCGGCGCCGAGCUACGCGUCGUGGUGCAGAGUCUGGCGUCGGCACAGACAACGCCCAGCUGCAGCCUUCGCUUGGCAAGAGAAAGCGCGCGGCUGCGGAUCGUCCAGAGGAGGUAGCUGCUGCCACCACAGCGGGACAUGCACCCGGAGGUUCCCGUUCGACUUCGGUGGUAGGUCGUUCGGAAAGUCCACCACUCCGUGACCAGACUGUUGCUUGCCAAUGGCAAGGCUGCGGCGAGGACGUCCAGGCAAACCACAAGGGUUUGAAAAAGCACCUUAAGGAGGCGCACGGGCUUGAUCUACAUGCGAAUGACAAAGAACUGAUAACGUGCUUGUGGCUCGGCUGCUACAAGGGCGAGGGUGGUGGUCCCGUUGAACUCCAGCGCAUGAACCUCACGCGGCACAUCCUCUCGCAUCAGGAGUGCAAAGAACAUCUCGUCGCAAUGGGAUUGGCCUAUGAACCUCGGAACGUAUAUUUCCCGUUUAAAGAAUGUACACAUGGAGAGACACUGACUGCCAUUUCCUCGGAUCACCUGAGCUCAGGCUAUUCUUCGGCUUACAUCACUGCCAUCCUGAUCUGCAAGCUUGAGGGGCCAGGGAGAACCCUGAGGUCAGGCGACCAUCCAUUACCACCCCGCAAAGAUCAGGCGGAUACCUUUCCUUGCAUUAACUGCCUCAAAAGCCCACCAGCACCAAGACGAGAAAGUGUAGCGCAGAUCGCCUGGGCACUUCAGGAUUACCAGUACAAAUCCGAUAACGAUAACCACCGUGAAGAUAUCUCGUAUAACUAG